GCUUCUAUGCUGAUUCGUAACAUGCUACGAGUAAACCCCGAACGCCGUGCUGAUAUCUUUGACAUUGCCAGCCAUUGGUGGUUAAAUCUCGAGGAAAACAUGCCUGUUAUACAAGAAUUGCCUGAAAAUCAGAUAACUGAUCAUACGCCAUUGACGGAAAGAGCAGAAACAAUGAUUGUGCAGGUUCGUAAGGAUGGAGAACCUGAAGUCGAGAUGAGAAGUGAAGAAAAGAGUCUGAGAGGUGUGGAUGAGGAUGUCAAGAGCAAACAUAAGGAAAAAGAAACGAAUGACCCGCUAGAACGACUUCGCCAGAUUGAGAAUCGUCUUGGCCAACAAAGGACGAAAAAUCAACUUGGCAAUGUACCGAAAACUUCAAACUACGCUGUAAAACUUGCACGACACGUUUGA